CCCCACCAUCGUAACCUCCUCCGAAUUCGAUGCUGCGCCCACCGACUCGUUUUAUGCGCUCCAAAACCCGAACCCUUCUCUACUUCAUCAGUUCCGCCAAAUGCUUCACCUGCUCCCAUGGCAAUCGCGCCGUUGCCGUCCGCCCUCUCCUUCCCUUCCCUCCCCAGAUGCCGACAACUCUAUCUCCCUACGAUCGCCGCUCCGAACCUAGCUCGCAGGACCCUCGCGCACUGUUGCUUUGCCAAAAGAUCUAGGAGGAGCAGGGCGAUCAAGAGUAACGAGGAGCUCUGCGAUGAGCUGCGGGAGUUCAACUCCUCUGUUGGACUACCUGAGGAUCGCGCGCCAUCGAUGAACAAGCUUAGGGAGAAUGGAAGGACGGAUCUUGCAAAUAUUGUGAGGCGUAGAGGAUAUAAGGUAAUCACAGAGCUUCUAUUGAAUUCAAAUGGGAAGAACCACUCAGAAAAAAGUUCACUUAAAGAUUCUUUGACUGCAAAGAUUUGCAAAACUGCAGGAGAUCUAGAGGACACAAACUCGUCUAUUGAUUGCACGUACUCAUCAAACACUUUGGAGAAAGACAUGAUUGAUUCAAAUGGGGUAAUUCUUGAUGUUUCAGAAGAAUCUUUGUUACCAAAAGCAGCGAAGUUUGUUCAAAUUGGAGAUUUGGAUAAAAUAGGAGGUGAAGACAGUGAGUUAUGUCAGAAUUUGACUUUCAAGGCUUAUGAACAAGACUUUCAGAAUGAAAUUAAUCAUCUAAAAAACUUAAUGGAGCAAAAUGAAGUGGAGCUUUCACAAAUAAAGCAACAAGUUGAAGAUGAAAAUGUACUAAAAUACUUCAGUAAAAUUGCAUUAAAUAAUCUCUAUGCGAAGGGAACAACUGAGCUUGGUGAUAUGAAGAGAAAGAUAGCUGAGAAAGAUAUGGAGCUCCAUAUGGCUGAGGAAAAUUUAAGUGAACUAAUUGAGGUUCAUAUAGAUUACUGGACAGAUGGUGAAAUUAUAGAAGUUGCUGGUAGUUUCAAUGGUUGGCAGCACAGAGUCAGAAUGAAUCCUCAUCCUUCAUCUGAACACAUAAACCCACAUGGAUCCAGGAGACGAUUUCUAUGGACAGCAGUGUUGUGGCUUUAUCCUGGAGUUUAUGAGAUAAAGUUUAUUGUUGAUGACCAUUGGCAAAUAGACUAUCAGCGAGAGAUCAUUACCAGUGGCGGCAUAGUCAAUAAUGUGCUUAAGGUAUAGAGGCCAAUGAGGCAGCUCGACUAGCUACUAAGCUGAGGCUGCAAUUUGCAUAGAGGAUUAGUAAAAAAGAGAUCAGAGAGCCCAUGCUCCUUGCUGUCUUUAGAGGCAGUAAUUUGUAGAGGAUUUUGAAGUAUAAUUGUAUAUUGUAGAAGCCGAGUAGAAAAGAUGAUGCAUUUUCCCGAGUAGUAAGUACAAAAAUGUUAACUGGCCAACGCAAUACACGGUUCAAACAAGCACACAUUUCAUAUUUUUGAAUUUAAUU